AUGCUUUCGUCAAGAUUGCUGCGUAUUGCGAACAACCAGCCCGAGUCCUGGAGAUGGAUUUCCCUCCCAGGCUCAAGAUCUGCCGAAUGUGCGGAGCUCCUAAGUGUGUACUUCCUCGCGGUCACUGGAGAGGUCAAACCAAGGGACCUGUCUGCAGGGAAAAGCUACUCGGUUUACCUAGUGUACAAGCUGGCGACCAACACAUCUGGUAUAAAAGGUUAUGUGCAGUCGUCGUCGCUCAGGCUCUACGGGGAGCACAUCGUCGCCACCAACAAGGUUAGUCUCGACCCUGAAACGCACAUGUCGGUCAAUGAUGUUAUCUACCCUAUCACGAGGGGCGAUGGCUGGUUGGAGCUUAAGUUGGCGGACUUCGCAAACGAUGACGAGAUGCUACAAGAGAAGGGGGUGAUCGUGGAUCUCCGUGAUGAGGACGUCACCGUUGAGAAGAGAGGACUCAUCGUGGAGGGUAUGGAGUUCAGGAGCAACUAG